AUGUCGUCUAUCACCAAACCAGGAAUCCCGCCAGUGGCCAUCGAUGCCAUCACUCAGCACAUCGGCAAUACCCCCCUGGUGAGGCUGAAUAGGCUUCCCCAGAGCCUGGGAAUUGAAGCGACUGUGUAUGCCAAACUUGAAUACUUCAAUGCCGGAGGAAGUGUCAAGGAUAGGAUAGCGUUGCGCAUGAUUGAGGAGGCAGAGAGAUCGGGACGAAUUAAGCCGGGAGACACUCUGAUCGAGCCUACCAGUGGUAACACUGGUAUCGGAUUGGCUCUUGUUGCGGCUGUGAAGGGCUAUAAGACUAUCAUCACUCUUCCUGAGAAGAUGUCUGCAGAGAAGGUUUCUGUUCUACGUGCGCUCAAUGCCACAAUUAUCCGUACUCCGAACGAGGCCGCAUAUGAUUCCCCCGAGUCUCACAUCGGGGUUGCUAAGCGCCUCGAAAAGGAGCUUCCAAAUGCGCACAUCCUAGACCAGUACGCCAACGUGAACAACCCGUUGGCUCAUGAGUUUGGUACAGCAGAGGAGAUUUGGGUUCAAACAAAUGGCAACAUUAAAGCGAUUGUUGCCGGCGCGGGAACUGGUGGAACCAUCACCGGCUUGUCUCGUGGCCUCAAGAAACAUAACCCUAAUGUGCAGGUUAUUGCCGCAGACCCCCAGGGCUCUAUUCUCGCUCUGCCAGCCGCUUUGAACGAAGAACAUGCCAAUGAACCGUACAAAGUUGAAGGUAUUGGGUAUGAUUUCAUUCCCGACGUGCUCGACAGAAACGCUGUGGACCAAUGGUACAAAACGGAUGACAAGGACUCUUUCAAGUAUGCCCGCCGUCUCAUCGCCGAAGAGGGUCUUCUUGUUGGUGGAAGCAGUGGAAGCGCUAUCGCGGCUUUGGCACAGGCUGCCAAAGACAACAAAUUCAACAAGGAUGACAUCGUUGUUGUCGUUAUGCCCGACAGCAUCAGAAGCUACCUUACGAAGUUUGCCGAUGAUGACUGGCUCGCCGCAAACAGCCUCUUACCAUCGCCACCCACGAAGCCCACUUCCACAUCUACAACACAACAUACUCCAACGCAGGAGGAUGCUUUCGCCGGUUCGAAGGUUAGCUCGCUGAGACUGAAGCCCAUUACAACCGUUCACUCCAAUAUCCCCUGCGAAACCGCUAUCGAAGUUAUGCGCGACAGAGGAUUCGACCAACUGCCUGUCCUUGCUCCCUCCGGCAAGAAGCUAGUGGGCCUUGUCACCCUAGGAAACGUCCUGAGUCGACUGACACACAACCGUGCAACUGGCAAAAGCCCCGUUUCAGACGUCAUGUUCGACUUUGGUAGAAUCUCGGAAGUCGUGACUGAUCCCAGAGAUAUGGGCCUUAAUAACCUCAAGUCCGACAAUACCGGAACGGAAACCCUCAGGCCCCAGGUCAAGAAUCGCAAGUUUGUCGAGAUCACCCUGGAUACACCCUUGAGUGUUCUCAACCGCUUCUUUGAGUGGAACAGUGCCGCUGUCGUUACUGACCGGGACGAGGCCGGAACUCUCAGACCUGUUGCUGUUGUCACCAAGGUCGACCUUCUGACUUGGAUGCUGCACCACAAGAAGAACAGUGCGUGA